CUUAUGGUGAUAAAUCAUGCUGGCCAUCACGAUCGUGUGGAAGUAUUCACGUUCCAGGAGGACUCUCUCACACUUCUUCACGUCAACUCAAUUUUGAGCCCGAAACGAAACUAUAUGAACGAUUUAGUGAUGACAAGCAACAGGACUUUCUACAUUACCGAGUAUGGGGAGAUGCGUGAUAACCCUCUGCUGGAGAUGCUACUGAUGCUGAGCUACUGCGAUAUUCUUUACUAUAACGGAAGUGAGUUCCGGAGUGUGGCGCACGGCCUGCGCAUGGCCAAUGGUAUUAACGUGUCACCUGACCACAGGUACCUGUACGUGGCAGAACUCGGAAGGAAGCAGCUGAAAUCUUAUCGUAUUAAGGACACAGAGCUAGAACAUGUGGAAGACCUAUUCCUGGACACCCUUUUAGAUAAUAGAGAUUGAUCCAGUGACGGGGAACUUGUGGGUGGGAUGUCACCCAGUGAACCAUGCCCUGAUGAUGCUAGAGAAUUACGAUCUCGGAACUGUUGCUCCAUCACAGAUUCUGAGAGUUAGUGCGACAGAUGGAAAGUUUACGGAUGCAGUGGAGGUGUACUCGGACACCGGAUCAGAAUUGACAGCAUCGAGUGUGGCCUCUGUCUAUAAAGGACAGAUGGUAGCGGGUUCUAUAAUGUCGCAACUGAUUGUCUGUGACCUCGAAUACGAUUAUUGAUGUAUGAAGUUACAUAAGAGACAAAGUACAAUUGUACCUUCGUGCUGCUCAAUAUACAAACAUGUAUACUGUUAUUAUGUCAUUCUUUCAUGCUGUAAAAAAUGUGCUUUUAUAUCUGAUAUGAUAUUUUUUGUUCUUGUUUUUUAUUUUUUAUUUUAAUUUUUUUUUUUGUAAACAUUACUUCACGAGAUAAACAAAAUUAUUGUAACUAAUCAUUGUUAUAAAACAUAUAAGAUUUAUAACAUGUAUGCUCAGCU